CCAAGUCUACUCACCAGCUCAAAGCUGCUUUAGCUAGCUAGCAAGAGAGAGAGAGAGAGAGAAAAAAUAUGGCUCCACUCGUCGCUACUGCCACGAUGAACCACGCUGUGGCCCAUCUGCUAGGACCCAAUCAUGAGAGUUUCUCACGGCACCAUCUUUCUUCCUCGCUGCAGCAAAACAGUAAGCGAAGGUGUAAUCUUAGCUUCAGGCCACGAGCUGCUGAGAGUCAGAAUGGAAGCCAAACGCUGAGCCCCUCGGAAGUCCCUAAAAGAGACUGGUUCCCCUCUGACUUCAUCUUUGGUGCCGCCACUUCAGCGUACCAAAUUGAAGGUGGAUGGAACGAGGAUGGAAAGAAGCCAAGCACAUGGGAUCACUUCUGCCACACUUUCCCAGAUUGGAUAGCGGAUCACAGCAAUGGGGAUGUUGCAGCAGAUUCGUACCACAUGUACAAGGAGGAUGUCAGAUUACUGAAGGAAAUAGGGAUGGACUCCUAUAGGUUCUCCAUCUCUUGGUCCAGAAUACUGCCGAAUGGCACACUCGAAGGAGGUAUUAAUCCAUAUGGCAUCAAGUACUACAAAAAUCUCAUCAACUUGUUGGUAGAGAACGGCAUAGAGCCAUUUGUGACAAUUUUCCACUGGGACACGCCUCAAGCACUGGUAGACAAGUAUGGUGGCUUUUUAGAUGAGAGGAUUGUAAAAGAUUACACAGACUUCGCUAAGGUGUGCUUUGAGAACUUCGGUGAUAAAGUAAACAAUUGGUUGACCUUUAAUGAGCCCCAAACGUUUUCUUCUUUUUCAUACGGAACCGGGCUAUGCGCCCCAGGGCGGUGCACCCCAGGACAAAAAUGUGCUAACCCAAUUGGAAACUCGCUCACUGAGCCAUACACUGUUGGCCAUAACCUUCUCCGAGCCCACGCUGAGGCUGUUGAUCUUUACAACAAGUAUUACAAGGGUGAGAAUGGACGCAUAGGGCUUGCAUUUGACGUAAUGGGUCGUGUCCCAUACGAAAAGUCGGCGUUUACGGAUCAACAGGCCGAACAAAGGUCCUGGGACAUUAACCUAGGAUGGUUCUUGGAGCCGGUUGUUCGUGGUGACUAUCCCUUCUCCAUGAGAUCAUUGGCAAGGGAACGACUACCCUUCUUCACUGACAAAGAGCAAGAGAAGCUAGUGGGUUCCUAUGACAUGUUGGGGUUAAACUAUUAUACCUCAAGGUUCUCUAAAAACAUCGAUAUCUCACCAAACUACUCGCCAGUGCUCAACACUGACGACGCAUAUGCCAGUCAAGAAACGAAUGGGCCUGACGGGAAUCCCAUUGGUCCUUGGAUGGGGAAUUCGUGGAUCUACCUAUAUCCUGAAGGCCUAAAGGAUCUGCUUAUGAUCAUGAAGAACAAAUACGGAAACCCACCCAUCUACAUCACUGAGAACGGGAUGGGUGACGUUGACCAUGGCGAUCUACCCAUGGAAGUUGCCUUGGAUGACCACAAAAGAGUACAUUACCUCCAGCGCCACAUCGCAACUCUUAAGGAGUCAAGAGACUUGGGAGCGAAUGUGCAGGGCUACUUCGCUUGGUCUCUAUUGGACAACUUCGAAUGGUUCUCCGGCUACACGGAACGUUACGGCAUCGUCUAUGUUGACCGCAACGAUGGCUGCAAACGCUACAUGAAGCGGUCAGCCAAGUGGUUCAAAGAGUUCAAUGCUGCGAAGAAAGCGGCUGCCAAGAAGAUUCUUACGCCAGCUUAGAAAUCGUUGGGCCUGAUGUAUGGUAUGGUGCCACGCAUGAAAGACCGGGCACGUUUUUCUUUGCACUAUCUGAGGAGGCAGCAUCUGUUCUCUCCAGCACCGUGGAUUGUUCCCGCCAGUUCAGUAUUUCCUUAUUAUGCAAUAAAUGAAGUGAUCGAUUUCCCCUUUUCAGUAUCAUGUAAUGUUGAAUUAUUAUAGAAUAUAUCUUUUUUUUUGUCAAA